GCCCCGCCCUCCCGCGAGAGCCCGUAGAGGAAGAUGAGCGGCCUGCGGUGUGUUGCUAAAUCAUGGCAACGUUUAUGGAAAGACUCGCUUUUCUACAAAAGGUGCCUACUCUGAUGAAGGCCACGGCGGAUGAUGAGAGCCCCUGUCCUGGGUACCUCUUUCAAGAAAUAGGAAAAAUUUCCCACGAGUCGUCGGGUUGUGGUCAGUGUCUAUUAGAAUACCUUCUGGAGAGGCUGCAGGUGGAGUCCUGUCAUGUCAAGCUUAAGGUGCUGAAGAUCUUGGUCCAUCUUUGUGGUCAUGGUUCAGGUCAUUUCCUCACAGAGCUCAGGAGAAACUCCACCUUCAUCCAGCAGGCGUCAGUGUUCAGUGGUCCUCCUGAUCCUGUCCAUGGCACAGCGUUGUACCAGAGAGUGAGGAAUACAGCACAGGAAGUAGCCAGGUUACUUUUCACAGAUAAGAUCUCUACAAAGAGCAGCCUGUCACCCGGUACCCCGGCCACGCCAAGUCUGGGUAUGGGCUCAGCAGCAGCCCUCAGGUCAGGGAUGCAGGGCUUUGGAUACAGCCCAGCAAAGCAGGGAACCGGCAGUGACACGCUGCUGGAAAAGAUCCAGAAGGCUGCGGAGGUGGUGGCCAGUGCUGUCCUACCUCCAACCGAGCACCAGGGCCUCCGGCUGCAUGAUAACCACUACCGACCCGUGGUGGCGCCAUCUGUUCCUGUAGAGGUGGCAGUGCCUGCAUGUGCCUACAAUCUGCCCCCCCACAGACCCAAAGUGACUCGGCGGUGCCCCGGGCAGGUGGGCGGAGGCUGGGAGGAGACUGACAGUGGCAACAGCUCCUCCCACAACUCUUCUCAGGACAACACAGCCAAUAGCAGGACCUCUGAGAACAGAAGCAGCAGGUCGGGCGGCACCGGGAGCCAAUCAGGUGCCAGCAGGGAGAGCAGCGGUGAGCCGUCAGAGCGUCUUCAUCCAAACCCUGGUCAACACUCCUCUUGCAGGGUUGAGGCUAUGCAGUUGGGGGACUGUGGCCAGGAGAUGGCGUUGAUCAGCAGACUGACCGAAGGCUCCAGGGUCUUCCUGUCCAGGGAGGAAACCCAGCACUUUAUCAAGGAGUGCUCCACUCUCAACUGUGAGGUGGUGGUGGAGUUGCUCUCACGGAGACUCCAGGAGCCCUCAAACACGGUUCAGAUGAGGGCGCUGUCUGCUGUAGCCUGCCUUAUGACAUCUGAUCUCCUCUCCCUGGAGCAAAUCUUUGGGGCCACCCAACGCAGGCUGGCCCACCUUAGUGAAAGCCCCCCUGGACCUGUAGCCAACAAAUCUACCAAGAUCUUACGCCAGUUUGAUGCUCUGAUGGAUGGAUCUGUUCGUACUUCUAAACACGAUACUGCAACCAACAGCCAUGUGACCUCAUCUGACCACCCACCCAUGCCCCGUUCGCCAGCCUCUUUACUACCAAGUCUGUCUGCUGACAUCACCCAGUCCGGCUCUUACCAGGGGAAGGACCUGCUUUUUGACUCUGCAGCUGAAGGCAGUACUGAGACCUCUGGCCCCUCCGGCCCGGCCUCGCGGCAGACAGGAUCACCAGCAGGCCCAGUCCACAAUGAGGAGACUGUUUCUGUGAGUCAGGAUGAAAAGCCAGCUGAAGGCUUGGCAGGCUCUGUAAGGACUAGUGAGUCUGAAGUGGAAUUUAAUGUGGAAGAUCCGGGGCUUCCAUGGGAAAGGGGCCUGGCCCUUCACUUGCGGCCUCAAGCUGAGCCACCGUGCCUGGGCAGACUGUCCCUGUUCAGCGGUAUGGAGCUGGUGACCAGGGGGAUUUCAGUGUGUCGUCAGGAAAAAGACAACUCGCAGAUAAACAUGGUGGACUGGACGGAAGAAAAGGUGACCGAUGUCAACGAGGAUUCAACUACAGAUAAUUCUGGAAGCUCAGUGGAUCCAUCUCUUCCUAGUAGCGAUAAACUUGCUCCUCUGACAUGUGAUGUCACAUCCAGCAGCAGCCCACCACUGUCAGCCUUCUCUUUUCUCAACUGUUGACUGUUGUCACAAAGUGGACUGUGACAGUUCCACCAGUGAGGUCUUAGUUUCAGGUCUUGUCCAUGGUCUUAUAAACCAAAACCUGCAUCUGAGCAUCAGUAAGGUUACAGCCAUUCAGAGGCUGACGUACUCCUCCGGUCCUUCGACGUAUGAACCCAGAGAUCCAGUACAAGUCCCCUGUCCCCCCAGACCGUCGACACAGGUUGACAGGCGAUGUGGGGCCCUACCUUGCGGUUUGUUGGUCUGAGUUUACUUUGGCAUCUGUUCACGAGUCUUACAGGUUAUUACUGAUAGUUGCUUUACCUCAGGGUGUCUUUAGGGCAGUGAAGAGUACAGUCCGCCUCUGAGGGGACACGGCCCCGCUUUGUCUUUUGCACUUAACUUGUACACUUGUGGAUUAAGAAGAAGUCUACAGUAGAAGAUAGUCUUCCGUUAUUUUGCAAGCAAGCUACUAAUAAUGUCAGAGUUACCGCCCGGGGGCUGACGUCCAGUCCCUUACUCCUUCUCUCCUGUGGAGCCACCCUGCAGCGAGACGGGUGGUGGAGUGCAUGGACGAGUGGGAGAUGGCAUGCUGAACGCCUGUGACCUUGUUUAGCGCUGUUGGUGAAAAACACAUCUGUGUAAAAAUGUACAAAUCUCUCUCGCUUAUCAAAUGUGUUUGUUUCAUGGCAGAGCGCCCCCCAGGUUUCAGUCUGACGUGUGUCUGACGGUACGUUUCAACUGAACCGGCACACAACUUCUCGCGGUAGGCUGUUUGCACAUGUACAGUAUGAGCGCUGUGGAAAAAUAAACCAUGCUGUCCAGAUUCUGGAAGGAUCUUGACAGAAUUC